AAUGUUUAGCUUUUCUUGUAAACCUGUAGCCAUAUCUUUGCAGACUGAUGAAAAGCAUCUGACCUAAAUAUUUAGAUUAAAAGGCCAGCUUUACAGAGUAUGUUUUUUUGAUAGCUGUGACAAAUAUAUGAAAAAUCAUCACAAAUUAGAAAUUUUAAAAUUAAAAUUUUGUUCAGUUCAUUCAGUUUUAUUAUGGUCGUAGACCAGUUGUUCAAUGUUGUUUUCUCCUCUGAGGGCUUCAGACCAUUUAGAGUGCAACAACAAUUAAUUUGGUUUUCUGGAGUUCAAAUAUGUCUCUUGUUUCAGACAUGUUUCGCUUAAGCUAAACACAGAGGUAGCUUUUCCCCUAGCAAGCCUGAUUUUUUUCUGUGUAUGUCUAAUUUGGUGGGUGGGGACUUUCCAUGUGUUCUCACAGCUAUCAAAUUAAUACCAAGACCUGUGAGAAGAAAGGAAGAAUAAGAGAAGCCGGAGUGGGCAAAAAGAACGUGAAAACUUGCCUCCAGCCGGGCUUUUCCACUCUUGCCAGUCCCACCUGAUACUAACUGUCCUGUGAGAAGGAACACCAGGUGUUCACUCUUGUUAACAUGGAGUUCAGUUCAGUUGUGUUCAAUUCUGUUUUUGGAACACGUGCUUCUUUCUGUAUCUGUUACAUUCUGUAAAUAUUGUAGGCACUUUGAGGGCUUCAGUCAAGUCACAGAAAUCUACUCAGUAAUAGGGAUAAUGUAAAGAUAUUGUUACAUCUGCUAAUUGGGCAAAGUCCAAUGGGGGAAUGGGUUCUCAUGUGCCCAGCCAAUUCCCAUUUGCAAGCUGUGCCCUGCUGCUUGUUGAGCAGAUUUGGUGUUUCUGGGGAACAAUUCAAAUUAAAGUGCUCUUCUCUGCUCUUCUCAGCAAAGCUUGUAGUAAACUAUCAUUUCUAUUUUUGUGAAGCAUGGGAGAACUCCAGCUGAACAUGGGAAGUCAGCAACAUCUGAACUCUAAAAUUCCAUGAAUGAAACAGGCUGACAAUGCCAUAAGAAGCCACUCUGAGGGAGAAGCCUAGCUUCUGCUUCAUCAUUGUUCAGAGGUGGACCUCCUUCACUGUGGUGACCACAAGGUGGAAUGCUCUUUCCACUGAGAUCGUGAGUGUGGAGUGUUUCUGCUGAGAAGACAUAUUUGCUUGUCCAGGUAUUUCCCUGACUGUUAGCAUUGUUUGUUUUAAUGAGAUGUUUUAUGGUUCUAUUGUAGUGUUAUUGACUGAUUUUAUGGCAUUUAAUCAUGUUUUUAACUGUGAACAACUUAGACUUUAAAAAAAUCUGAUAUAAAUAAGCCAAGCAAACAAAAGCCUUGUUUGGGAGGAUCCCAAGAGGGAUGCAUGAAAAACAGGUGAAAAGGUCCUGAAUAUAUUUGAUUUGCUGGAAUCACCAGUCAACUUGCUUUUCCUGUCACUGGUCACUACUGCUGUGAUUUUUAAAGCCACCAGUUGGAAUAAUUGAAGAAGAUAGUGGAAGUGAGGCAGAAAAUAGGAACUGCUGUUGAAAAAAACCAAUAAACAGCAGACACAGGGGGCGUGACGUCUAAUAGUCCUGUGCCACUCCCCAUGGCUAGGCUGUGCUUUGUAAGUUCCUUCCAGGUGUUCUUUGACUUUCGGAACACAAAUACAUUCUUCGACCCCGGCCUCUUUGUUUUGACUCCUUCAUAGUUCUCUUAGACUCAUUAACUUCUUAAGCAACUGCUCCCAGGACGCUUGGCUGGGGUGGUUUUCCUGCUCGGCUUCUCUGGCUAUAUUGUACUUUGCUUCUUUCUGUCCCUUGGUCUCAACAAGCACAUUCUAAACAAGGAGGUCUUCUGUGAGGGACAUCUCCUCAGUGGAUGCUGGUGGUAAGUGUUUUGCAUGCUUUGCAUUUAGAAAGGAAUCCAAGAGUAUGUUCAGCUCUGUUGUGCUGGUUUGUUGCAUAAACCUGGGAAUGCCAGAAGUGUCCCAAGAAGGAAAGGCAGGUGCCUAUCAGUGAGUAUUGCAAAGAAGCCAUCAAUACCUGAUAGCCUAUUCUGAUGGUUUGUCAUCUAGGUAGAGAAUGGGCACACGCAUCACUCAACUUAUAACACUUUCCCACCCUUGUGGCUCCUGUUUGUUGAUUUCACAAUAAAGCAUGGAAACUGGAAAAGGAGUGCUGUGUGCUUUCCCCCAUCGUCCUGCUGGACCAAGUUGGGGGGCUGCAUCUUGCACCCUGGAGCAGGGUGGAGAAGGGAAGUUCAAAUAGUUUAAUAUCCUCCUGAUUUCUCCUUUCCUUGCCUGGUUGUUGCUGAUGUGAUAAUAAAGCCAUCCUUUGCUGAGACGUCUAAUGGGUAACAAUAGUUCAUGGCAGCCUUGAGCCAUGGUUGCAGAGCUGGACAGAAGCAGGUAAUGAGAAGCAGAGCCAGAAUUCAACAUGAGACAUUUCAGGUUGCUUUGUCCUUUUGAGGGAGUAUGUUAUUCUUAGGAAAAUUCAUCCAUCUUGAUGGUAUAGAUGAACCUUCCCCCAGCCUGGUGUCUUCCAGGCAUUUUGGCCAACAACACCCAGCAUUCCUGAUCAUUCCUGAUCAGAAUGCUUAGAUGGAUAGGAGUCUAAGACUUCUGGAGGGCACCUGUUUGGGAAAGGCUAGAAUAGACGCAUGGAUCAAGAAAGAACUAGGAAAAUAUGCUUGCAGAUUUUUGCUGGAUCAUAAGCCAUUAAUGGAAUGAAUAGUGCAAGUCUAUAGGACAUGUUCCCAGGAAAAUGUGCUGAGCAUUGUAGGCUCCAUCCCAAUGACUUCCAUGGGCUUUCCAUGCAAUGUCUUUCAAAUCAGGAUGUCACAUUUCUAUCUUACCCUGUUGUUUUUGAUUCUGUCAUAAGACUAGCCUAAAGUUGACCUUCCCAUCUAGUAUGCCUGAUUCUAGUCUGAAUUAGUAACUCAUGAAUGAAUUUUUUGUUGUCUUUGCAUUCUGCCCAUACUUAAGUGUAGUCUCAAGGCCAAAGCAAACAUUACUGUAAAUACUGGUUUGGCAGGUAUAUUUUUUCCUAUUUCUACUCUAGAGUUGUUGCUGUUAGUCACGAAGUCAUGUCCGACCUAUCACGACCCCAUGGACAACAUUCCUUCAGGCCUUCCUGUCCAUCAUCCCCCGGAGUCCACCUAAGCUCACACCUACUGCUUCAAUGACUCCAGCCACCUCAUUCUCUGCCAUCCUCUUCUUCUUUUGCUAUCUAUUGUUCCCAGCAUUCUACUCUAGAGUAGUUGCAGGAAACUCAAUCUAGCCCCCCAACCCCAGCUUUCUGAAACGUAUUUAUUGUAUCGAUAUCCCACCUUUUCUCCUUCCAAGGAACUCAAAAUAGCUAGCAUAAUUAUUCUCCUCUUCAUGAUCUUAUCCUCACAACAACAACCUUGUGAGGUAGGUUGGGCUGAGCAUCUGUGACUGGCCCAAAGUCACCCAGUGAGCUCCAUGGCUUAGUGGGGACUAGAACCCAGAUCUCCUGAAUCCCAGUCCCACACUCUAACCACCACACAAUACUGGCUCUCUAAAGGUGUGUGGAGAUGCCAGGAACUUUUUCUAUUUACGUGCUUACUUACCUGCGCUUAUGUUAAAGUAAAAAUGGGAAAACACAGCUGCUAGGUACUUAUUUCUGGUUUGAUCAGAGAUUCACUGCUCUAAAAUAUAUAUCUGGAUCAGGGCCUUUGCACUUACUGUUGAGUAAAAGCAGCAGCAGCAGCAUGGUAUAGUUGCUAGACAUGGAUUUAAAGUCAUGUCUGCUUUGACUCAAACUUCUAUUCCUUGUUCUGAAAACUGGAUGGUUUGUACCAGUGGCUUUUGUGAACUAUGUUGCUACAGCCACUUCAGAAGUGAGCCAUGUCACAUUGAGAUAAAUGAUGCUAAUAACUCAUUGUGGUAAUAAAACAGUCUGGUUUUUUAAAAUAGACUGAGAACUGACUGGGCAAUUUCCGCUGUUUUUAGUAAACAGUGCAUUUCUAAGAAAUCCAGAAGGGAAUGGGCUCAGCUGUAGUCGUGACAGUUUGUUGCUUAUUGGUGUAUCCGAGCUGUUUGGGGAAAAAUAAUUUGGUCUGGCUUGCUGCUGUGGCUGAUUUUGUUUCCCACAUUAACGAGACACAAGCAGCAGCAAGUGCGUGCAUGCGGCGGGGGGGGGGGGGAAGAGGGCCAUUCAUAUUCCUAUCAUUUACCAUUCCCCAUCAGACAGCUGUUGCUCACUUACUUAGUCUCUGAGCUCACUGCCCCAUUCCUGAAGUUGCAGCCGCUUCCUUGCUAAACCAAGUAGGACAUCGGUGAAAUACGGGUAAUGAUUAACUGAAGAUGACAUGCCCUUGGAAAGCAUGUUGCAAGAAAAAGAACAUACCCAACAAUGGAUUACAUGAAUUGGACUCAGUGGCAGAGAACAAGAAGGAAAAAAUGCAGAUGAAACAAGAAAUCACCUUGUUUAAUGGCAUUUCUUUAAUAGUAGGGAACAUGAUUGGCUCUGGGAUAUUCGUCUCUCCCAAGGGUGUUCUGAUGUACAGUGGCUCGUAUGGACUCUCCCUCCUCCUCUGGGCCCUUGGUGGGAUCUUUUCAUUGUUCGGAGCAUUGUGUUAUGCUGAACUGGGGACAUCCAUCAUUAAAUCAGGAGCAAGCUAUGCCUAUAUUCUAGAAGCAUUCGGAGGCUUUAUAGCCUUUAUCAGACUAUGGUCUUCCUUGCUCAUCAUUGAACCAACAACCCAGGCAGUCAUAGCCAUCACUUUUGCUAAUUACAUUGUUCAGCCAAUAUUUCCAUACUGCGAUCCACCCUACGGAGCCGUUAGGUUGAUUGCAGCUGCCUGCAUCUGCUCCCUGACAUUUAUUAACUGUGUCAAUGUGAAGUGGGGAACCAGAAUACAAGAUCUUUUCACAUAUGCAAAAGUUAUGGCCCUUAUUAUGGUUAUAGCUGUGGGUCUUUAUAAAAUUAGCCAAGGACAAACAGAAAACCUCAAGGAGCCAUUUGAAGGUUCAACUACUAAUGCCGGAUUAAUUGCACUUGCGCUUUACUCAGCCCUCUUUUCCUACUCUGGAUGGGAUACACUGAAUUUUGUCACUGAAGAAAUGAAAAACCCAGAAAGGUACAUGCAUGACUCAUGCAGAACACUCGUACAAUAUUCUCUGAGUGCAUUGUUAGCAAUGGCUCAUUUCUGUAAUAUUCAUGUUUGGAGAGCUGUAUGUAUGAAUGGCUGCAUUGUUCAUUUUUCCUCCUUUUGGUUUACCAUUCAUUCCAUUACAAACACUGUGCCAAUUCUUCUGAUUUCCGUCUGCAGGAAUUUGCCACUUUCCAUUGCAAUUUCAAUGCCUGUGGUGACAAUCAUUUAUCUCCUGACUAAUGUGGCCUACUAUGUCGUGCUGGACAUGCCUGCUCUGUUAGCAAGUGAUGCUGUGGCAGUGACUUUUGGUAAUGAAGCUCUUAGCCAUGCUAAGUGGAUCAUUCCUAUUACAGUGGCCAUGUCGUGUUAUGGAGGGUUAAACUCAUCCAUAAUAGCAGCUUCCAGGCUUUUUUAUGUUGGAGCCAGAGAAGGACAUCUGCCUAACAGCCUGAGUUUGAUUCAUAUAAACUGUUUCACACCUGUUCCUGCACUUCUUUUUAAUGGAUUAAUGACCUUGGUUUACCUCCUCGUGGAAGAUGUCUUUCUCCUUAUUAAUUACUAUUGCUUCAGCUAUUGGUUGUUUGUGGGGUUAUCCAUUGCAGGACUAAUAUACUUAAGACAUACCCAACCAGAGAAACAGAGACCCAUUAAACUCAGCCUUUUCUUCCCUAUUGUCUAUUGCAUAUGCACCAUUUUCCUAAUCAUAGUUCCACUCUAUAGUGAUACAAUCAAUUCUAUUAUUGGAAUUGGUAUAGCACUCUCUGGAAUACCUGCUUAUUUUUUGGGAGUCCAUUUACCAGUUGAAAAGAGACCCAGGUAUCUUCAGUGGCUUUCAGGUAAGAAAUGCAGAUUUUUUUUUAAAAAAAAAACCUGUAUAUCAUCUCUUGUAAUUUCAAAAAUGCCUAAUUUAUGUCAUUUAGGGCACAAUACUAUGGGUAUGGCCAUAAGUCCUGAACCUGGAGCUUUAUGGGCAUCUGAUGCAGAGAGGGAGGAGCAGCAGAUGAGAUCUUUGCCUCUCAAUCUUCCUCUUCUGCAUUUUUGCUAGAUGGGCAUUUUUGCCUGCUUUUUGCUAGGAAAACUUGGGGGUGGGGGAAGAAUGCUGGGAAAACGUCUAGUUACCUUUUCUUCUGUCCGCUCUAGUCUCCUUCCCUUCCUGCCCUAGAAAUGCCCUCUUUAGCCCUUCUCUGGUGCUGUUUUCCUGGUUUCAGAGGGCAACUAGAGCAACUCUUUGUGUUACAGCUGCAGAGGGAAGGAGAAUGCACUGCUGAUUCUGACCUCAUAUCUGGGAAUCCAAAUUCUUUUAUGCACAUUAGCCAGUGCCUGAAGCCACAGGGUCACUCCAUUGAUGCCUUUUAAAGAUUCAUUAUUUUAAAGAUGUUAUUAAUCAUCUAGUGAUACUUGCAUCCCUCAUCACACCAGGGGUGAGCAACAAGUGGCUCGACCACUUAAUGUAGCAUCCAGCCCAAUUUCAUGCAGUUCUCAGCCUUGGAUGACACCUGAGGUCAUCAAUUUGUCUAUUUUAUCUUUCAGCUACAACUACCAAAUAUGUUCAAAUGGUGCUCUACUGUUGCCUGACAGACCUGGAUGUUGACACAGAUACAUCAGAAACCAAAGCAAAGUAGAGUCAUCCUGACAGUUCCUCCCCCUGUAGCUGGGGAUACUUCAGUGUUCUCUUGAGCCACUACUGUACAGCACAUCAUUUUGAUAUUUCUUAAUCUGUCCUACGUUAUUAGCCCUUCCUCAGUCUGAUUACUGGUUUGUGAGGACUACUUCUUGCUGAUUCAAUAGCUGGUAAUAAUACACUGUUUGAAAUAAUACAAAGUGCAUUGUAUAGAAACAAACACUUAAUAGUUGUUACUUUUUAAAGCCUAUUGUAUCAGUGGCUCAAAGUUACUGAUUAAAUGAAAAGAAGGAAAAUGUAAGCUGAUGUCAAGAGGACAAACUAAAAAUAUACACACUUCCAAUCUCAACCUCUUUCCCCAAAGGUGCCUGAAAACAUUUGCAUUGUAAACUUUAAUGCUAUGGUGCUCUAUGGCUGCAAUCUUAUACUCACUUACCUGGGAAUAAGUCCCAUUGAAUGCAGUAGACUUUACUUCUCAGGAGACCUGGGGCAGUUCCCAGUGCUGGCCUUGCCCCUCUGCCAGUUGUGUUGCAGCCCUAGCGCCCAUCAGCCAUUCAACAGGUCGUCCUGAUUUACUAGAGCAACCCCAGGAACAAUCCAAGAUGCUACUUACCACAAAGGAACAGGUUAGCAGAGUUAACUUCUGCAGUCUCUGCUAUCCUGCUCUGUUCCAGAAAUGAGCAUUUCCAGUUGCUCUAAGAAGUGCUAGCUUCUCAUUUCACUGGGGUAAUUUCACUGAUGGAUACCGCCCGUGUUUUGGAUUGUGUUGUAAGGGCUGGUUCCUGAUGUAAACAUGUUCAGAGAAGACCCAUUGAAAUCAACAGGUGCCAAUAUAAACUUCACAACCACUGAUUCCAAUGGGCCCAUUGUUAAAGAUGACUAACUCUGGAUCCAACCCUUAAUCUUUUACAGAGAAAAGGUGCACACAAUUUUUAUUGAGCGGAUACUGUAAUAAAUCUUACAUUAUAAAUCUAUAGGGUACAGUAUAAUGUCAAUGGGCCAUAGAAAUCAGUGGAAAGAUACCAGUGGUACAACAAGGAGACCGUCCAUGCUCUUGCACCAGCAUGUAAACCUAAACAUCAGAUUCGAAUUCUCCACAUGGUUGCACCUCCAUCCUGUCUUAUUCCCUUGCAAGGCAGCACUGACCCUCAUUGGAUGGGCAGACUGGCUGUGAGCUGCUCCUUCUGCAGGAGUAGCUGCUGAAGUAGCACAGGAGUUCUAUUUUGGAUGCCAUUUGCCCUCAGGAUUUAUAAUAUUCUGAUGUUUAAACUUAUGAGCGGGAUGGAGCUUCAUGUCAGUUCCACUUGUAAGCUACCUUUGUAGCUUCACAGGGAUAUAUCUGUGUAGAGCUUCAGCAUUAUAGAAAUGAAGUUAAUAAUAAUAGUAAUACCUUUGGAGUAUCACAGAUUACAGCACUCAAGAGACUGUAAGUGAUAACUAUCUAUGCUAAAUUGCUAUCCGUUUUUCUUCUGAAUAAGCAACUAUAUGUAGUAAUCACCCAAAACAUUAAGUAUUUCUUUCCUUCCAGCCAAAGGAUUUUUAGCACAAACAGAAACAUGCUGUGUUUCAGUGGGGGUGAUAGUCUUAAAUGUACUUCAGUUUUAAGUUUGAGCUCAAGAAAAAUGGAAACUAUUUUGCCAGUUUUGCCUUAAAACAUCAAACAGGCAUGCCAACACACAACAAAAGGUUCAGGACCAUUUUUUUUUUCUUCUCAAAGACCCCCUAUAAAUUGACUUCCAAAAAUCCUUUCAAACUUCUGCUUAAUAAAUAAGUUUUGUGAGUGUUCCCUGGGUAUUUGCAUGUUCAGAGAAUCUAGUAAUACUUGAUAAGCAUGUAACUUUACUUCUAUCACUUGAUUCCGAACUGUUGCCAAAGAGAACUUUGUUACCUGGCUUUAUAAUUAGCUUGAAAUUAGAUCAGGGAAAUAACCAAUUCUCUGCCCCAAAAUGGAAGUUACAGUCCUUUAAAAUCAAUCAAACCCUCUCCCAACCAGAGUGUUCAAGAACUCAUCAGAGUAAAUAGUAUUUUGUCUCAGAGUAGCUCUGAGUUAAUCUAGUUAAUCACAGUACUCCCAAGUAUGGUAUCCGUCUCCUCAGCAGCAGUAUAGAUUGGAUAUUUAUCUCUUGUAUUGGAGCUUCUUGCUUUAGGGCAGGAAGUCAAGGCAGAUCGUGGCAGCUAGAGAAUUGGUGCUUCUUCUGAGCUAUUUGCUGAGUGGUCUUCAGCAUUGCAGGGUGUUUACUGAGCCUUUGUUUCUUCAGACCCAAGGUUCACCCUGCUCUCCAAUUCCCUUUCUCCUCAGCAUCCUAUGAAUACCCCUCUGCAACAACAUUGCAUAUUUCUUCACUCCAUUACUGUAGAGAGUUCUGAUUAAUUGUUGUAAAUAGAUGUUUUUGUUUUUAUAAUAUAUACAAAUUGUGGGGUAUGGUCCAGUUACAAUUCAGCAAUUUUCAAUCCAGUUACUUUCACUGGAUUCAUUAGAGAGAUUUCAGAGGAUGCUUAAAGAUGCUUCCAGAUGGAUGUCUCUUAGCCCUAGAAUUCAAAAGACAUUGUGAAGCUAUUCUGUACUUCUUUCUUUAAUGGAUUUUCUGCAGUAAUAAACAAGACAGAAGUAGGGAGAAAAAAUAAGCAGGAUACAAAUGGAAGACAAAUGGAUCCCCAUAAAAGCCUGUUAAUGAGACAGGCUGAUUGCAUGAGAAAAGCCUUGGAAGGAGCCUCUCUCCCACUGAGAUGGAUAUGCCUGUACAGAGUUUAGUGUUGUAAGAUUGUUUCAUCUUUGUUAUUCAAGAUGUGCAGCCACAACAAUCAAUGGCCACCCCGAUGUUAUGUUAUGUUAUGGCCACCCCGAUGUUAUUGUGCUUAGCACCGGGCAUCUUUCUUAAUCACAAAGCUCCUGCAGACAGCCCUGAGUUGGAUCACCACCGCUGUGCAAGAGGCAGAGGAGUUAACCUGCCCCCUUGCCCCAGUGGUGUUUUAUGUCAACAAUCAGCCCUGGAUCUUUUUGGCCUUGGCUGCUAUUUUAACUCUGCAUAAGAUCGCUGCCCUUACUUGGAUUAAUAUGCCUAAUAUUCAUGUACAUGAUGAAGCUAUUUCUUUGCUCCCUACCCAUCCUCCUGGCAGGGAGAUGGGAUGGUGUGGUGUUGGCACUGGUUCAUUUGUUUUAUGUCUCUGUGCUUUGAAGAACAUAGAGGCCCUGCUGAGUACAGAGGCCAGGGAAUAUGUUAAACCCAGAUAAAAGGAAUACUGUUGUUCUUUACCUAGAGCCAAAGAUUAUACAAUGGGAAAAGUUAGAAUAAAAACACUGUUGAACAGUUUAUUUUAGUGGUUCUCAGAGUAACAUCAGAGUGUGGGAAUAGGGUGUAAUUCUUUGAGAAAGGCCUUCCUCCAACUCCCCCACCCCACCCCACCCCACCCCCCAAAAAACUGGCAAGUCGGUAAGCAUUUUCCUUUGUAAAACAGGAUAAGUAGGCUUCUGGGAAGAAACAAAAUGCAAAUGUUGGCAGAGUGAGAACUGGGCAAAGUCCAAAUACUGACAGAACCAAUUGUACAGUGGCACUGUAAUAACAAAUCAUCGCCUGUGAUAUUCUCAGAUAAUACUGGGAAAUCAUUCUGUUUCAAAAGAAAGCAUUCAGAAAGAGCUCGAAUCUAACAGUGUUUGAUUUUUGUAUAUCAUCUGCAUCUUAGUUUUCAGAAAAAUCUUGAUAGCAUUCUAAGAAUUAUAUUGGCAAGUGAAACAAAUGUGUGAAUAAAUAAAUAAAGGGCCAUUUUAACCUUAAAACUCUC